GUUGGAAGCCCCAGAGCCGGGAGCCCGGCGCAGCCGUAGCGGCUCCAGCGUCCCGGGUUCCCAGGACUCAUCAUGGCGGGGGCCGGUGCGAGCGGCCGGGAGAAGCGGGCCAUGGCGGCGAGGCUGAAGGCGGCCCUGAGCGGCGGUGGCGGGGAGAGCGGGGCGGCCGCGGAGCUGCAGGCGUUGCUGGAGCGGGCGCUGGCCCCGGCCCCGGGCGGUGGGGAGGCGGCGGCCGAGGCGCUGGAGUGGUGCCGCUGCCUGCUGUCGGGCGGGGAGCCCUGGGAGGGCUUCGUGCAGGCGGUGCGGGCCUACGACCCGGCCACGCUCUGCGGCCUGGUGUGGACGGCCAACUUCGUGGCCUAUCGCUGCCGGACGUGCGGCAUCUCGCCCUGCAUGAGCCUGUGCGCCGAGUGCUUCCACCAGGGCGAGCACGCCGGGCACGACUACAACAUGUUCCGGAGCCAGGCAGGGGGCGCCUGCGACUGCGGCGACGGCAACGUCAUGCGGGAGGCCGGGUUUUGUAAGCGCCACCGGAUGAAAUCCAGUUCAAAUGUUCCCUGUGUCCCAAAAGACUUGUUGAUGAUGUCAGAACUAGUUCUUCCACAAUUCAUCUUUAGUCUUAUUCAGUACUUAAGAGAAGGAUAUAACGAACCUGCUCUUGAUCUGCCAUCAGAAAAAGACCUUCACAGAAUCCUUCAGAUGUUGGAGCCUCAUGUUUCCUUUCUAGAAGACUUGACCAAAAUGGGAGGAGCAAUGCGAUCAGUCCUUACCCAGGUUUUGACAAACCAACAGUUUUACAAAGAUCUGAGCUCUGGUGUUGGAGAAAAUGCAUGUGCAAAGAAAAGUCAUGAAAAGUACCUCAUAGCUUUGAAAGGCUCUGGACUGGCAUUUCCUGAGGAUAAACUUGCAUGUGGUAUGCAGGAGCAAGCAUCUGGGACUAGCACUUUAGCAAUUCAAGGUUUAGCAGGCGCUACAACAACAUCAGGACAAGGAGAGUCUUCAGAUGAGGAGGACCAGGAUGGAAGCCAAGGUGUGGGCAAGCGCAAGAGGGUGAAACUAAGCAGCAGUACCAAAGAUCAGUCCAUCAUGGAUGUUUUAAAGCAUAAAUGUUUUCUUGAAGAAUUAUUAUUUUGGACAAUAAAAUAUGAAUUUCCACAAAAGAUGGUAACUUUCUUACUCAACAUGCUACCAGAUCAAGAUUAUAAGAUUGCCUUUACUAAAACUUUUGUUCAGCAUUAUGCUUUUAUUAUGAAAACACUGAAGAAAAGCCAUGAAUCGGACACUAUGUCUAAUAGAAUUGUGCACAUCAGUGUUCAGUUAUUCAGCAAUGAAGAGCUAGCACGUCAAGUGACAGAAGAAUGUCAACUGUUGGAUAUUAUGGUCACUGUCCUAUUAUAUAUGAUGGAAAGUUGUCUUAUUAAAAGUGAGCUGCAAGAUGAAGAAAACAGUUUACAUGUCGUAGUGAACUGCGGGGAAGCACUAUUAAAGAAUAAUACUUACUGGCCACUUGUUAGUGAUUUUAUUAAUAUCCUUUCACACCAAAGUGUGGCUAAGAAAUUCCUGGAGGAUCAUAGUCUGUUAGUAACUUGGAUGAAUUUUGUAUCAUUCUUUCAAGGUAUGAAUUUAAAUAAGCGAGAAUUAAAUGAGCAUGUGGAGUUUGAAUCACAGACCUACUAUGCUGCAUUUGCUGCUGAACUGGAAGCCUGUGCCCAGCCAAUGUGGGGACUGCUAUCACAUUGCAAAGUUAGGGAGACACAAGAGUACACAAGAAAUGUUGUCAGAUACUGCCUUGAAGCACUUCAGGACUGGUUUGAUGCUAUCAACUUUGUAGAUGAGCCAGCUCCUAACCAGGUUACUUUUCAUUUGCCACUACAUCGUUACUAUGCUAUGUUUUUGAGUAAGGCUGUCAAAUGCCAAGAGCUAGAUAUGGAUUCUAUUUUACCAGAUCAGGAGAUGUUGAUGAAACUAAUGAUUCACCCACUUCAGAUUCAGGCAAGCCUUUCUGAAAUCCAUAGUAACAUGUGGGUAAGGAAUGGUCUACAAAUUAAAGGACAAGCAAUGACUUAUGUGCAGUCUCAUUUUUGUAACUCCAUGAUUGAUCCUGACAUUUACCUAUUACAGGUCUGUGCUUCUAGACUUGACCCAGAUUAUUUUAUUUCAUCAGUUUUUGAAAGAUUCAAGGUGGUAGAUCUGUUAACAAUGGCAUCGCAGCAUCAGAAUACAGUUCUUGAUUCAGAACAUGAGAGAUCUAUGUUGGAAGGAGCCUUAACAUUUCUUGUCAUUCUGUUAAGUCUUCGCUUACAUUUAGGAAUGACAGAUGACGAGAUCCUCAGAGCAGAGAUGGUAGCCCAGCUCUGUAUGAACGACAGGACUCAUAGUUCACUACUGGAUCUCAUUCCAGAAAACCCCAAUCCCAAAAGUGGCAUUGUUCCAGGAAGUUUAAGCUUUGAAUCAAUGUUGUCAGCAGUUGCUGAUUUUAAAGCUCCCGUUUUUGAACCUGGAGGUUCUAUGCAACAAGGAAUGUAUACACCCAAAGCUGAUAUCUGGGAUAAAGAAUUUGACCCAGUCAUGGUAAUUCUUCGUACAGUUUACCGUAGAGAUGUGCAAUCUGCAAUGGACAGAUAUACAGCAUUUUUAAAGCAGAGUGGAAAAUUCCCUGGAAACCCCUGGCCUCCCUACAAGAAACGAACACCACUGCAUCCAAGCUAUAAAGGUCUCAUGAAGCUUUUGCACUGUAAAACCUUGCACAUUGUACUGUUCACACUUCUUUACAAGAUAUUGAUGGAUCAUCAAAAUUUGUCAGAACAUGUCCUUUGCAUGGUUUUGUAUUUGAUCGAAUUGGGACUAGAAGAUUCACCAGAGCAGGAGUCUGAUGAAGAAGAUUCUGUUGGUGAACAUGAACGUUGCCAUGACAGUUGGUUUCCAGAUAAUAACUUGGUGUCUAACAUGCGUCACUUUAUUAACUAUGUUCGAGUGAGAGUACCAGAGACUGCUCCAGAAGUAAAGAGAGAACCACCUGCAAGUACCAGCUCUGAUGGUUUAGCUUCUUCCCAAAGUCCAAGGCGGUCUAAGAGCCUUCAAAGAGAGAACUCAGGAACAGCUCAAGUGUUCAGCUUGGUUGCAGAACGUAGAAAGAAAUUUCAGGAAAUUAUCAAUCGCAAUAGUAGUGAAGCAAGUCAGGUAGUUCGUCCCAAGACAUCAAUGAAAUGGUCAGCACCUGGUGCAACACCACAGCUAACCACAGCCAUUCUGGAAAUCAAAGAAAGCAUAUUGUCCCUGCUAAUCAAACUUCAUCAUAAACUCUCAGGAAAACAAAAUUCUUACUAUCCUCCAUGGUUUGAUGAUAUGGAGGUUUUAAUCCAACCAGAAAUUCCUAAAUAUUCUCAUGGUGAUGGGAUGACAGCAGUAGAAAGAAUUUUAUUGAAAGCUGCAGUACAAAGCAGAUUGAAUAAACGGAUCAUUGAAGAAAUAUGCAGAAAAGUGACUCCUCCUGUACCACCAAAAAAGAUUAGUCCUGCAGAGAAGAAAACCUUGGACAAAGAGGAAAGACGACAAAAGGCCAGAGAGAGGCAACAAAAGUUGCUAGCUGAAUUUGCUUCAAGACAGAAAAGCUUCAUGGAAACUGCCAUGGAUGUUGAAUCGCCAGAUGCUGAUACUGCCAUGGAGAUAGCCACAUCAGAACAGCAUGUUUCUGAGGCUGUGUAUGAUUGUGUUAUUUGUGGACAGAGUGGCCCUUCCACUGAAGAUCGACCUACAGGACUAGUUGUGCUUUUACAAGCCUCUUCAGUUUUGGGGCAAUGUCGCAAUAGCACUGAGCCAAAGAAACUACCUACCAGUGAAGAGGAGCAAAUAUACCCUUCGGAUACAUGUGCAGCAGUACAUGAUGUUAGGCUUACAACAUUACAGCGGUACUUUAAAGAUAGUUCCUGUCUGCAAGCAGUGUCAAUAGGCUGGGAAGGAGGUGUUUAUGUACAAACUUGUGGUCAUACGUUACACAUAGAUUGUCAUAAAUCUUACAUGGAAUCAUUAAGAAAUGACCAGGUCCUCCAGGGUUUUUCUGUGGACAAAGGAGAAUUUACCUGUCCCCUCUGUAGGCAAUUUGCAAACAGUGUUCUUCCUUGUUAUCCUGGAAACAAUGUGGAAAGAAGCCUUUUGCAAUGUCAUAGUAACAAGAGUAUGCAAGAUCUUAUAAAAGAGGUGGAAGAGCUUCAAGAACAGCUGGGAACUUUCCCAGUAAGCAUCAGUUCUGAAACCAAUCUUAGUAAGGAAAUGGAAUCUGUAAUGAAAGAUAUAAAAAGUACGACCCAGAAGAAAUAUACAGACUACAGCAAGACUCCUGGAUCACCAGACAAUGAUUUUCUCUUCAUGUAUUCUGUAGCUAGAACAAACUUGGAACUUGAACUGGUUCAUCGAGGAGGCAAUUUAUGCUUAGGCGGGGCAAGCACAGCUGGAAAAAGAUCUUGUUUAAAUCAGCUGUUCCAUGUUUUGGCCAUGCACAUGCGGCUUUACAGCAUUGACUCUGCGUACAACCCAUGGAGAAAACUAACACAGCUAAUGCAGGAUAGGAAUUCACAGAUGAGCAGUGAAGAAUUACCAGAGGUUCCAGUACUUUACAGAGAUGUCUCAUCCCUUUUGCUCAUCCAGAUUUUAACCAUGCCACAACCAUUGUGCAAAGAACACUUUACCUGCAUUGUAAAGGUGCUGUUUACAUUAUUGUAUACCCAAGCCCUGGCAGCAUUUUCUGUAAAAUGCAGCGCUGAAGACAGGGUGGCAUGGAAGAACUCAGGAGCUCUGAAAAAGAACACAUCCAAUGGAGAAAAGUCUUGGGAAGCAUUACUGAGUCAUGUGAUUUCUGAGCUCUCUAAAGGGAAGAUGUUUGAGGAAGGAGAAACUGAAGAAUUAGCAAUGGUUAGCUCUAGUGUUUGGUCUCCUGACUCAAUAGAGUGUUAUCUGCAGCAGUUCUGCCUGCCUUUCCUCAGGAUCACCUGCCUUCUUCAACAUCAUCUUUUCGGAGGGGAUUUACCCAGUUGUCAGGAAGAUGAAGAAUUUACAGUUCUUACAAACUGCCUGGGUCUAUUACCAUCAUCUUUUCAGUCACCACAUCAAUUCACCAGUGCCUCUUGCCUUGAUUGGCCAGUGCCAGCAUUUAAUAUGAUAUCACAGUGGUGCUUAGAAUUGGCUUCAUUUGCAGACAGACAUGCAGAACAAGUGAAGGUUUUGCUUAUACAGGAGCCUAAGUGGGACUUGCCAUGUCUCCUUCAGUUGCCUGAAAAUUAUAAUACCAUCUUCCAGUAUUAUCACAGAAAGACUUGUACUGUCUGUACCAAGGUUCCUAAAGAUCCUGCUGUUUGUCUAGUUUGUGGUACUUUUGUAUGCUUGAAAGGACUUUGCUGCAAACAACAGAGUUACUGUGAAUGUGUACUGCAUUCUCAGAACUGUGGAGCUGGGACAGGAAUAUUUCUUCUGAUCAAUGCAUCUGUAAUCAUCAUCAUUCGAGGCCAUCGUUUCUGCCUUUGGGGUUCUGUUUAUCUAGAUGCACAUGGUGAAGAAGACAGAGAUCUUAGGCGUGGUAAACCUCUCUAUAUAUGUAAGGAAAGAUAUAAGGUGCUUGAACAGCAGUGGGUAUCUCAUACCUUCGAUCACAUCAAUAAAAGAUGGGGACCACAUUACAAUGGAUUGUAAACUAUCACUAUUGUACCAUAUCAUCCCCUUACCAUGAAUGAAUGCAACUUGACUGACAAUAGCUUUAACUGAAUGUGGGUUUAGCUCUUUCACG